AUGCCCCAGCAGCUCUCGCUCUACGCCUCCCUACCUGAAUCGGAGCUCAAAAUCACCCUUCAGACGCUUUCCAGCAUUGCUGGAAUGCCUCCGCAGCCCUUUCUCGAACACUCGCUACUCUGGGCCCCAAAACACCCUUACGUGCCUGUUCUUGCUGCCGGACAAGUCAACCAAAUUGAACAGUAUCGGAUUCGCGUUUCCUGUGAUUUAAUUUCGCUUACUGAAGAAGAAGAAGAAGAUAUAGAAAUAGAAGAAAAAAAAGAAAAUUCAAACAAACAAAUACCUCCACAUCUUGCCACAGACCCAGACUACGCAGUUAAACGUGCAGUUCUGCCAUAUGCUGAUAUCUCGGCUCACCCAGCCCUUUCAACCAGACCAUGGACCUUCACCGUUGCAGAACUUCCAGAGGCUGGGAAGUUAUCUGUGAUUUCGCAGUCACUAAUCUCUGUAUCGCCCAAAGUGCCAGCAGGGGACCACACGCCCUUUGAAUUUCUCGACAAGCUAGGAUACGUGUUCCGCACUGAGUAUUGGACCAAGGGGUAUCAGUUUGUGCACGGUAACGUAGUUGUGCGGAUUUUCCGUUUGUGCGGGUUCGACGCACACGCGUUUAAGAAUGAAUUGGAGCAAAUCAGAGAGGCCGAGAAAAAUGUGCAACCGCCAGAAGCAGCGGUAGCAGCAGCAGUGGCUGCAAAAAAUGAAAUUCUUGAAGGCGACUUUUUGAGACUGCUGGAUGCCACUAAGCGAUGGACCAUGGUUGCACUCAUCAAUGUGGAAUCUAUCACAGACCUUGAUGCAAUUGCGCGUGCUACUGCAGAGCUUGAGCGGUUCCGUGCAGAUGUUGCUGGUUUGGUAGACCUCGAACUUCCUGAGAGAAACAGCUUCGACACCAGAAUUAAGCGAAGGUGA